UGAUAGAAUUCAAUUUAAAAAGUGUAUAGUUAAUUAGUUAAAUAUCUUUGUAGACUCUUGUCGGAGUACAUAUUAUGCAACGGAUAUAGAGACGGGAUAAGAGAUCAUCUAUAUCCAAUUAACCAUGUCCGACGCUCUUCAAGAAUCGCUAGCCCGCAUCGAACUAUUAUGAAACUCGAAGGUGGAAGGUGCCACACGCACGGCAACGGGCCAGGGUCAGGCUCUGGUGCAGGCGCAGGCGAAGGGGCACGGGCAGGGACAGGGGCAGGGUCAGGUGUCUGUCCAGGGGCAAGGACAAUUGCCAGUCCAGGUGCAAGUGCAAGGGCAGGUGCCAACAAGGACGAACACGGCGACGGCGGCGGCAACUCAUGCCAGGCGGCGCCAGCUGAUCUCCAUGGCCAAGUGCCGCAGUCGCUCGGUUCUGAAUGAUGAUGCACCAGCUCCAGAGCCCUCCUGUCCAGUCCCAGUCCCCGCUCUAGCUCCAGCUCCUGCACCUGCUCCACCAAAUCCUUCGCCACAACCACAACAACAACAACAACAGAACUACUUACCUCAAACAUCUUUGCUGAAAAUCGAACCGUUCGUUCCUAGUUUUAAUCAAAGACUACGCCGGCGUCCUAUUGGUCGCUCCCAUAGCACCUUAAGCCACAACGCCAUCCCCAAGCGACCGGUGCAACAGAUUCAGCCCCAGUCGGAGCUCCAGGUGGGCCAGCCGCAGCCCCUGAAGAGGAACUAUGUACAAAUCCGCCAGCAUCAGCAGCAACAGCAGCAGCAACAACAACAGGUCCAGCCCCAAAGGAAUCUGCAACGCAGUGUUGGCAUCCAGCGACAACGCUCCAAGUCCACCUCCUCAUCGGCGGCCUCGAAUAACUGUCGUCCGGUCACCGCCGCAGCCACGCCAAACACCCUCGUCGGAAGUACAGGUGGCACCCUGGUGAGCGGCGCCAUAGUGACUCCCCAGGCCAAUGGCAUAUGCAGGAUUCAGAGACUGGCCAAGGAGCGGGAGGAACUGCCGGAUCGCAUCAACUACGAUCGCCGAGGGCUCACAGCCAUUCCCAUCUUCGAGCAGGAGCCCAAUCUGCGACUACUCUCGCUGCAGCAUAAUCUGAUCAACACCUUCCACAUACCCAAGGAGCAGCCGCCGCCACCGCCUCCUCCGCCGGUGGCUCCGCCGCCUGCCAUUUCCACACCAAGGGAAGGCAACAACAAUAAGCAGAAUGAAUACAACAACAACACCAAUGGAAACAAGCCGGAGGGUGGUCGCUCCAGCCUUCGAGGCCAUCCACCCGGCAGACUCACCCGCGCCAUGACCAAUGCCGGUGGGAACUCGUACAACCACCGGCUAUCGCCCAAGUCCGGAGGCAGUCCCGGCUCAGGAAGCCCACUGACAACACAGGCCUUGGCCAUCAAUGGCGGCGGAGCUGCCGGACGCUCCAAGCUGGCCAAGAGGGGCUACAACUACGGUCAGGCCCAGCUGACACCCCCGCCAGCUCUUAGGAUGCGAUAUGGCUUGGAGAAGUCCAAGAGUUUUGUGAGCAGCAGUCUCCAAGCUAUGAAGCACCAACAGCAGCUCAUCCAACGUCGGGCCCUUCUAAAGGCCACCAAGGGAGCAGUGGCCUUGGGUGGUGGGGCAAGCAAUCUCCUCCAGAGCUGCGAUGAGAGCAGCGCCCUACACAGCAGUAAUAUCUCCCUGUGCGGAGCCUGCGGCGAGGAGGAGGACCCGCACAGUGUCCUGAGCUCCUUCGCCGCCCUGGAGCAGUUGAGCAUCAAGAACAAGCAGCUUAGCCUAAGUGCCAGCUACGGGAAUAUCUUCCAGCAACUGGUCUUCCUGGACCUGUACGAUAACCAAAUCGAGCGCAUUGCCAAUCUGGAUGGACUGCCGGUGCUUUCGGUGCUGCUGCUGGGAAAGAAUCGGAUAACGGACAUUGGAGGGCUGGCGUCCCUGAAAGACUCGCUGAGAGUGCUGGAUCUGCAUGGAAAUAAACUCACCACCCUGGGAAGCAAGAUCAACUGCCUGCAGCAGCUCAAGUCGCUGAACCUGGCCGGGAACCAGAUACGGCAGAUCAACCAGCAGGACUUCCUGGGACUCCGGUGCCUGCGAGAACUGAACCUGAAGAGGAAUAAGCUGCGGCGGAUCAAUGGCUUCCAGCAUCUGGUGGCUCUGGAGAGGCUCUGGCUGUGCCACAAUGAUCUGCACAAGGUCGAUGACAUGGCCAGCAUUGCCAGGGCCAGUCGCCUCCUGGAGGUCACCAUAGAAAACAAUCCCGUGUCCCUGGCUGGUGAUUGUGUUUCCUUCUUGGUUUCCUAUCUGCCAUUGCUGCAGUCUCUUAGCCAAAUGCCCAUCACGGAGCAAGUACGUCGGGCUGCCCUGGCCUGGCGCCAGCAUAAGGAGCAAGCCCAGGCUGCCGCGGGAAGCUCGGUGGCCUAUCAGAGCAUCCGGCGGGAGGAGGUGAUAUCUAAUGCCCGGACCAACUGGGAGCUUCUCCGAUCUCAGCAGACAGUUGUCGGUCGUCCGAAAAGCCGGCUCACCAGCGAAUUGGCCAAGAUCAACGAGUCCAACGAAGGUCCCACUGCCGAGGAGCCGGAGACCGAGACCUCCGAGGAAUCACAGCAGCCCAAGGAGAUAAUGGACGAGCUCCAAGCUCUAAUUAAGCUGCCCCCAAUUUCUAACAAUGUGAAGAGUCCUCUAGAGGAGGAGGGCGUUUCCUCGGAGGCUUCCAGCCUGGGACCCAACGUGGACUCGUGCUCCAGUUGCUACAGCACGGAUAACGAGGAGGCCAAUGGAAAAACUAAGCCCCAGACCCCGCAAAUCGAUGAAAACUGCAACAAGGUGGUGGCAACUGAAAAGUCUCCACCAUCACCGAUUCCACCUGCUCCAGCCACACCAUCACCAGAUGGCGCCAAGACAACUCCACUGGCUGUUGUGGCUUCUUCACCCUCUCCCCCGGCGUUGACUUUAACUCCUCCGGCUGUGCCAGGAACUCCCAUACCUAACGACACCUCCCCUCCGCCACCAGGUUCGGCUGUCAAUUCGCUGCCUGUGCCUACUAAUGCAACCUCCAACCCCAGUCGCCCAACCAGCAGUAAACAGAGAUCCCGACACGCCCCAAUCACACAGUUGGGGUUGCAAAUUAACCAAAGGGGCGGAGGCGGCUCCUCUUCCAGGCGGUAUAUGCCCGGCAGUCUGGUCAGAGCGCAGACCGUGAGCAGUAGCACUAGCAACAGUAGCAGCUCCAACAGCGGAGGCCGAGGAAAGGCCACCACCAACAAUGGGCUAUCCUUGGUGGCCACCCAACCGAAAACAAGUGCCGGAUCCUCACAAGCUUCCACAGCUGCGACAGGGGGAGGGGGCAAUAGCGCGGGUGCAGGGGGAUCCUCUGCAGGAGCCGGAGGAGCUGCAGCCACUCCUGCUGCCGCCAUGACGGUUUCCAAGCCCAGUGCCGCUGAAAGGGAAAGAGAACAGGGCGGGGACUACCUGAUAGAGAUUUGUGGAAGAUACCUGAACAUCUAUGGCCAAGGUGCCCUGCGCUUCAUUGACAAGCAGUGGAAUCCGGCCAAGGCCAACGACGUCCACACCCUCAACUUCAGCUACAUCAACUUCAACAGCAUUGUGUGCGUCCUGGGAAGAAUCAAGCUGCGCUUUCCACACGCCGAGCACUUUGUUUUCCGGGAGACGAACAUCUCCUGCCUGGGACAACUGAAUGGCUUGGCGGAGCUGCAGGGCUUGAGUAGCCUGCUGAUAGACUCGGAGGGCAAUGGAAUCACUACCAAAGACUCUUGGCGAGCCUAUGCCAUUUACCGACUCUCGCACUGGGGCUUAAAGCAGCUUAACGGUCAGGAGGUUACCGAAGCAGAGGUGGAGGCUGCCAACGCCAUGUACGCCGGCUUGUCCGACCUGGUGCUGUGGUCCAUGCCCGAAGUAAUGCUCCAACCAUUGCUGGCCCGACUGCGGCUGGAUGAGAGCUGCACGGCCAGCAAGCAGUCGCCCAAGGAAUGGCUUCUCCGCCCCGACAACAAGCCUCUGCGCCUGGUGGUGGGAAAAGAGGCGCUCCAGUGGAAGAAAAAUGCCGCAGGGCCGGGAGCUGCUUCGUCCUCCGCUCUGUCUUUAAAUCCAACGCAGGAAUCCGGCACCACGGCCAUGGCACCCAGUGCCCGGGACAGGGGUCGACAACAUUUUGCGCUCUUGCUGGAAAACACCUGCAACGCUGUGGAGAAGCUGCACAAACUGGAAACCCUGUGGCCAAGCAUGCUCCUUGACAUAGUGCGGAACACGCUCCUGGAUUACGCCCAGCUGGAUGUUUACCUGCGAAAUCUGAUGUGCGAGCUAAUGAAGUGAUUGGCCGAUUCCCACG